ACGGGAGGCGGAGCCGUCGGCGCGCCCAGGUGGGGAUGAGCCCGGGCCCUACCUGCUCCAGGACCGCAGCCGGUCUUCCCACCGCCCCGCGCGGAGAGAGGGGAAAGCGGAGGGAUUCCUUGGAGAAGUGGUCCGUCCUGGAGCGGCUGCUGUUGCAGAGAGACGCGGUGUCCCCCCGGAGCUCCUGAGCAGGCAGGGGCCAGAGAGCGGCCCGCAUGGGCCCGGAGCUGCCUGCGCCUUGGCUCCUGCUCUUCACCUGGCUCCCAGCAGGGUGCCUGUCCUUGCUGGUGACGGUCCAGCACACAGAGCGCUAUGUCACCCUGUUUGCCUCCAUCGUCCUCAAGUGUGACUACACUACUUCUGCCCAGCUCCAGGAUGUCGUGGUCACGUGGCGCUUCAAGUCCUUCUGCAAGGACCCCAUCUUUGACUACUACUCUGCAUCAUACCAGGCAGCUUUAUCCCUGGGCCAGGACCCAUCCAAUGACUGCAAUGACAGCCAGCGUGAGGUGCGCAUCGUGGCUCAGCGGAGGGGGCAGAAUGAGCCCGUGCUGGGGGUGGAUUACCGGCAGCGCAAGAUCACCAUUCAGAACCGAGCAGAUCUGGUGAUUAAUGAAGUGAUGUGGUGGGACCAUGGAGUGUAUUAUUGCGCCAUUGAGGCUCCCGGGGACACAUCAGGAGACCCAGAUAAGGAGGUGAAGCUCAUUGUCCUGCACUGGCUGACAGUGAUCUUCAUCAUUCUGGGAGCCCUCCUUCUGCUCCUGCUAGUCGGGGUGUGCUGGUGCCAGUGCUGUCCUCAGUAUUGCUGCUGCUACAUCCGCUGCCCCUGCUGCCCUGCCCGCUGCUGCUGCCCUGAGGAAGCCCUGGCCCGCCACCGCUACCUGAAGCAGGCUCAGGCCCUAGGCCCUCAGAUGAUGGAAAAACCCCCAUACUGGGGGGCGGACAGGAGCUCCCAGGUUUCAUCUUAUCCAAUGAACCCGCUGCUGCAGCGAGAUUUGUCCCUGCGAUCCAGCCUCCCACCGAUGCCAAUGACCCAGACCACCGCUCACACUCCCAUUGCAAAUGGUGUCUUAGAGUAUUUGGAGAAAGAGCUGCGGAACUUCAACCCAGCCCAGCCUCUGCCCCAUGACCUCAAAGCCAUAUCUGGCCAAGCCUGCAGCAUGCUGUCCUCUCUGGGCUCUGAGGUUGUGGAGCGCAGAAUCAUCCACCUGCCCCCACUGAUCAGAGACCUGCCGUCCUCAAGGAGGACCAGCAACUCCUCCCACCAGCAAAGGCUUACCCCAAUUCCCUCUGGACCCUGGGAUCCAAAGGAGGGGAGAAGGCAGCCCCACUAUUCUGAUUUCCACCAGGAGCUUCAGGACCAGGAGCCUAAGCGCUGGGCAUUGGAGGCACGGGAGCUGAACCGACUUCGGAGGGGAAGACACCACCGCUCUGGGGUGCAUGGGUCCCCUUUGCCCUGGUCAGACAGGGACAGCCUCAGCGACGGCCCCUCAUCAAGGGAGGCCCAUUGGCGGCCCGACCACCCACCUCUCCAGAGCCGGUACCUAGACGGACCCCGCAGGCCCAGACCCCGGGAGAAUGCACAGAGGCACCGGAGGCGCAGACACCGUAGCUACUCCCCUCCCUUGCCUUCUGGCCUCAGUUCCUGGAGCUCUGAGGAGGAUGAGCAGGAGAGGCACCCCCAGAGCUGGGGAACCCACCGCCACCACAGCUCACACUCCUCUAACUGGCCUGAGGAGAAGCCACCCAGCUACCGCUCACUGGAUGUUAUGCCAGGCAAGAAUGGCAGGAAAAAAGGGAGUGUGGAGAGGAGCUCGGAGAGAGACAGCUCCCAUAGUGGAAGGAGUGUGGUCAUUUAGUCACCUGGCACAGCGCUACAUCUUUGGCUACUCCUCAGCUCUCACAUGUCAUCAACAUCACCCAGAUUUCCAGCUGACUUGGGAGGGACACUGCAAGUCUCUAUCUUGCAGAUUCUGAGAACAAAAUAGAAAAAUAUUAAAAACCAGAGUUUGAGGAAUUAAUGACUGUAGUGUUAGCCUUGGCUCACACUCUGCACAUUUAGAGUAUCUGACUUGUAAUGGACUCUAACUGGUUUGUGAUCUUUCAGGAAAUUAGUAGCCCAAGGCUUCAACUAGGUUACAGAGCUCAGAACUAUGGCCAUUCUCAAAGUGAGAACUCAGGAAUCUUUAAGAGGAAAUCAAACAUGUUUCAGGUACAGGAAAUUUAUUGAAUAUGGAAAUUUCCACAGAAACUUAUCUGUAUCUCUAUAACAUACCUCCAUUUUAGGAGUCCACCUUUCUACACCCCAUGCCCAGUCCUGAGUGUUCCUGAGGGUCAAGUCAGAGAUGGAACAGGAAAUACUCUCAUGGGUUAUUUAGGCAAGUGUGGAAGAUCACUAAGAAGCAGUUAUACACCAAACUUAUCUCUAUCCCUUAUUUUCUCCUCCCCCUCCUCCUUUUUUUUUUUUUUUUUUUUUUUGGCCUACAUCUAAUUUAUAUAUCCUCACAUAUUAUAUAUCCACUAAAAUCACUAUACAUUCUUCUUGGGAACAACAUAAUAUACAAGUAAAUUAGAAAGAAAAUAUACUGACCUAAGGAUUCUGUCCCAAAUUAAUACUUACUUUGGUACACUUGACUGAACUGAGUUUUCUUCCCUACUAAAGCUCAGAGAAGAGCCAGCUUGGCUUUUCUUGGAUAGUUUGGAGUUACCGUGGACUUGGAUAGUUUGGAGUCACCUUUCUCCUGGCACUGCCCAGCCUUGUAGAGUUGAGAUUUUCUAAGCAGAAGCAUCGAGGUAGGUCUGGCCACUGAGAGAACCCCAGGAGGAGAGGACUAUGCCCUCUCUAUAGUAAGCUCUACUACUCCCUCCCAUUUUCCCCAAUCCCUUCUCUGGUUUCAUGAAUCCAUCUGUGCUUUAUGUAGAGAUGCUCCUUGAGAAGAUUGGAAGGAGAUGGUCUGAAAGGAGGGGUGUGUGUGUGUGUGUGUGCGCGCGCGCAUGCUCCUCAACAGUAUCUUUAUGUAUAUGGCCUUAUUCUCAAUUUAGAUUCUAUUGUGUUGACACAUUCGUUUUUUCCCCCCAGCCUCAUUAACUAUAUCCAGAGAAAAUAGAUUAAAUGCGUGCAUGAGGCAAA